AUGGAUUUCAUAAAUCGCUUACUCGGUAGAAACACCGACACCAAAUAUAGGUAUCGCGGCGCCAAACUCCCGACAGAACCUCUGACGCCACGCGAGAUUGAGGAGAUGCACCUAAAGCUGCAUCCUGAUACACACAUAUUCAACGCGGCUCAGCCGAAACAACAAGAUUCUGACUUGGACAACCGGGACUCGAAUGUGCCUUGUACAUCACUAGAAGAACAAUUCUCUUCUGCAGCAGCUGAUGGCUCGCUACAAAAGGCGCAAUCGGAAUCACUACUGUUCAGUCGACUGCCGCUGGAAGUGCGCAUGCAGAUUUGGCGUCAUGUAGUGGGCAAUCACAAGGUACACUUGACUGUGUAUCGUGGUAGAUUGAGGCAAUCUACGUUUGAGUCAAGUGAUUACCAAUGGAUGCCGCAAAGAGGACUUUUGGGAGUCCCGCUUGUUUGCCGUGCAGCAUACAUCGAAUCCAUUUCAUCUCUCUACUCCGCCAAUACCUUUUGCUUUGGCUUUGGCCAAGCCAGCUCAAAGUCAGCCCUCAUGUCGCUCAGCACCAUGCUUCCCAAGCAACAUAUUCCAUUCAUUAAACACAUCGAAGUUGGAUGGCAUUUAUAUGCCGGUGUGAGUCAGUACUACGACAGCCAUUCUCAAGCCUGGGACAUUACCAUAGAUGUCCCAGCACCAGAGACCGAAAAUCUCUGGAACAAUGUCUGCGUUGAGCUGGCAGAAAUGUCUUAUCUUCGAACGUUGCGGAUCGUGGUUUGGCUAUCUGGUGAUGGUAGAGCAAGGUUUAUUGAGAAAGAGAGUGACAUGCUUGCACCGCUGGUUACGAUGAGGCAUUUACAGCGGUUUGACGUCCACUUGCCUUGGAAGCAAGAUGAUACUGAGCUGUGGAAGGAUGCACCGUUUAGGGUUUCUAGAGGUUUCAGGGUUAAGGAGAUGUAUGGUGUGAGCAUUCCGCUACUUGAUGAUGACUUUUACUGGUCUGGUUCGGUGGCUUAA